AUGUUGAGGAGAAGCAAACUAUUAAUUUUAAAAUACUUUCUUCAUCUCAUUAAUGGAGCUUUCUUGAUUCUUGGACUUUUACUCAUGGGAUUUAGUGUAUGGCUUUUAUUAGAUAGAAAUAAUUUUUUCUCUGGUCUAGAUGAAAAUAAUCACUUGAUAGCAUAUAUUUUCAGAAUUUUGGUUGGAACUGGAUCAGCUAUUGUUUUUCUUUGCCUCUUGGGUUAUUUGGGAAUUCACAAUGAAAUCAGAUGGCUCCUAAUUCUGUAUGCAGUGCUGUUAAUGUGGGCCUGUGGCGCUCAGGUUGCACUCUCAGCACUCAUCUUCACAAAGAAAGAGGAGGUUCGCCAAGCAUGGCAUGAUGAAAUGGAUUUAGUCAUUUCUCAGUACGGGUCUAAAGAUGUGCCUGAAGACAUACCUAAGUGGACAACUCUGAAUGCUUUACAGAAAACAUUGCAGUGUUGCGGCCAACACAAUUACACAGAUUGGAUAAAGAAUAAGAAUAAAGAAAAUUCAGAACAGAUACCAUGUUCUUGCACAAAUUCUACAAUAAGAGAUUGGUUUUGUGAUGAGCCACUGAAUGCAACUUACCUAGAGGGUUGUGAAAAUAAAAUCAUCACAUGGUAUCAAGCUAAUGUUUUAAUGUUAAUUGGGAUUAACUUUGGACUUUUGGUUUCAGAGGUUUUGCAAGUCUUAUUAACUGUCUCUUUCUUCAGACAUAUCAAGAAUAGAAUAUAUGCAGAAAUGUGA